AUGGCUUUUAACGGAAACAUUCAUGAAGCGGAGUAUGUACCGAUUCCCGCUAGAGUACGGCUACCCAUAAAUAGUACCUCGGGAUCGUCAGCGUCUACACCAGCAAGAAUUCCGACGCCUGUCAAAUCACCUAAUUUGACUGUUGCUAGUUUGAGUCGGGAUAACUCAACAAAUACUCCAGUGGACAGAUUCCCUAACCUUAUCCAUAAAUGGUCACACACACACUCGAUACUAUGUGUCGUCCCAUCCCCUAGACGUAAUUUGAUAUUCUGUGGAACACAGAAUUCGAAGAUUUUAGUAUUCGACAUCGUUAAUUACAGCUUAAAGUACGAAAUUAAAUGUGGCAAUUCAGACCAUUCAGCAUCAAUCUUAUGCUUGUCGAUAGACGAAUCAGAGGAUUAUUUAUUCAGUGCGGGAUCUGACUCGUUAAUUAAGGUGUGGGAUUUAUCGAUGGUUAAUAACAAUGCCAACCAUCCUAUACACUGUACCCAUAUUAUUUAUCUGCUUGUCGAUAUAGGUGAUGUUUUCUCAAUAUGUUGGUCUGAUUCUUUAUCGACAUUAUUCAUAGGAGCUCAAAACGCCUCUAUUUUAUGGUGCAAAUUAUCUUUAUAUUCGUCAAGCAUUUCUGAUAGUCAAUCAACAAUUGAUAGAUUACCACAUUUUAGAUACGACAAGUUUUUUGAUUCAAAGGGACCUGGUGGCUCGAUUAAUAAUUUACAAUCAAAGCACCAAAUUUUAAAGUCGACUUCUCUUGAGACUUCGAAUAGCGUAUCGCCUAAAUUAAUUGAAGUCAGCAACGAUAAUAUUAUUAGAUUUGCACAUAAUGGAUACGUAUACUGCAUGAAUCACUUUGAUUUUAAAGGUACUUCGAAUGAUUUUACUAAAAAUUACGCAACACAGUUUGAAAAUUUAUUGAUUAGUGGCGGUGGUGAUGGGCUAGUUAUAAUCUGGGGUGCCAGCUCUAUUAAUAAUAAAGUAUCGCUUGAAAAGCUUAAAGUAUUAAGGAACAACGAAUCAGUUUUAUCAAUGACUAUUCAAGAUUCUUACUUAUAUGUUGGCUUAUCAGAACCAUGUAUUAAUGUUUGGGACUUGAUGACAUUUCAGUUAAUUCGGUCGAUUCAUUUUUCCAAUUCUCAGCAAGCCAAAAAUAAUUAUGAUGAAGUCUUGAGCUUGGGUAUAUAUAAUGAUUGCAUUUUUAAAGCGUCAAAUUUAGGUGGGCUAAUAAAAUUUUCCUCGAAAACAAAUCCUACAAGUAUAGCUCCUAGUGAAUAUGGAAACCUUAAUCCAGACAGAUCAUCACUGGUGAUUAUUACCGAAGAAGACGAUAACUAUAAUUCAGAAUUUAACAAAUCUAGCGUUGAGAAUGGAAGUGUGCUUGCGGUAAAAAUUUUUACUUCUACGUCAGGCGUCACUUACUUGGUUUCUGGUGGCCAUAAAGCAUUAUGCCUUUGGGAUAUCACCAAAUUAGGGAGCAAUAAUAGACAUUCUUCAGAUAGUAACAGCUUAUUGUCAAAUUUAGUGGAUAACGAGAAUUUGCUCAAAUCUUUAAAGAGAUUCAUUUCGUACAAAACAAUUCUGAAAUUCCCUGCGUUAUACUUAGAAGAUUCACGUCGUUGUUCUCAAUUUUUGACAAAUUUAUUAGUAAACUUAGGUGCAACUGUAACUAAAUUGUUGCCAGUUCCUAAUAGUAAUCCUGUUGUUUACUCAUGCUUUUCAAGUAAUUCACCAGAUAAGCCCAAGCAAGCGAAGAGAAUUCUUUGGUAUGGCCAUUACGAUGUUGUUGAUGCAACGGCGGACUCAAAUUCUUGGUCUACUGAUCCUUUUUGCCUCACUGCAAGAGAUGGCAAUUUAUACGCUCGUGGGGUAUCGGAUAAUAAAGGUCCUAUUUUGGCUGCCAUAUAUGCGGUAUCCGAAUUAUUUCACAACCGGGAACUUAGUUGUGAUGUUGUAUUUAUUAUCGAAGGUGAAGAAGAAUGUGGUUCUAUUGGAUUUCAGGAUGUUAUUAACGAGAAUAAGGAAUUAAUCGGAGAUAUAGAUUGGAUUAUGCUAUCUAAUUCAUAUUGGCUUGACGAUGAAACACCAUGCCUUAACUAUGGUUUGAGAGGGGUUAUUAAUGCAUCUAUUACAAUAAAUUCGGAUAAACCAGACAGGCAUUCUGGUGUGGAUGGAGGAGUUCUGAAAGAGCCAACAAUGGAUUUGAUUCAAAUUUUAGGCCAAUUGAUGAAUCCAUUUAAUAACAAUAUUAAUAUUCCUAAUUUCUAUGAUGAUGUAUUAUCAUUAAGCGACAGAGAAAUAGAAAUUUACCAAAAGAUCGAGAACACAGCGACAAUGAAGAAUAUUAAGAAUCAAGAUUUUAAAUCGUUAAUGGCAAAGUGGAGAAAUCCUUCUUUGACUAUUCAUAACAUUCAAGUUUCAGGCCCAAAUAAUAAUACAGUUAUUCCUCAGCUGGCUAAAGCAUCUGUUUCGAUUCGUAUUGUUCCUAAUCAGGAUCUAGAAAAAAUUAAGAAACUGUUGAUUAAGACAUUAAACGAGUCUUUUAAUAAACUUGAAACCGAUAAUCAUUUACUGAUAAACAUUUUUCAUGAAGCUGAACCAUGGCUUGGUGACCCAUAUAACUUAGUCUAUAAAAUUCUUUAUGACAAAAUCCGCUCGAAUUGGGGACCAGAUGUUCCUGAACCUCUAUUCAUUCGUGAAGGAGGUACCAUUCCUUCAAUUAGGUUCUUAGAGAAGUGUUUUGAUGCAUGUGCUGCUCAAAUUCCUUGUGGACAGGCGAGCGACAAUGCCCAUUUAAAGGAUGAAAAAUUAAGAAUCCUAAAUUUGUUUAAGUUGAGAGACAUCUUAGCGGACACUCUAAAGGAAUUAGGCAAGAAGUAA